AUGUUUAUUACUCAUAGCAUCAUAAACAUCAAUUCCAGUCCAGCGGAAGUGAAGAGCGGCGGGUGUCUGUGCGGAACCGGUUCGGAUCGCCCACAGCAAACUAAAUUGAGAGAUGCACAAGUAUUUACGUUCAAGGAUCUGGAAAUGGCUACUAAUAAAUUUAGUGAAGCGAAAUUGAUAGGGAAUGGAGCAUAUGGAGUGGUUUACAGAGGGAUCCUCAGUAAUGGGAGUGUAGCAGUGAUUAAGAUGUUGCACCGCAAAGGCAGGCGCCAGGCGAGGAGAACCUUAAUUUCGUUAGGGGAACCUUCUAUCAGUGUGAAGAAUUUGAAGUUUCUUGAUGGCUUUGGUGGAAAUUCCACAGCCCUAACAGGUUUAAGUUUGAGACAUAAUACUAUGGGGAGUGAAAUUGUGGUGGAGACUCGAACUCCAUCUCCGGAAUUGAGAGAGGAAACACUAUUUGUGGCUUUAGGAAAAGAUGUGAAGGAGAGUGGAACUGUUCUCAUGUGGGCUCUGCAUAACUCCAGAGGAAAGAAAAUUUGCAUCCUUCAUAUUCAUCAACCUGCUCAGAAGAUAUCCAUGAUGGGUCCAAAAGUUUCUAUUACCCUGCUGGACGAACAUAUAGUUAGGGAUCAUCAUGAAAAAGAGAGGCAAGAGAUGCAAAAGCUUCUGGACAAGUAUGUUUGGACUUGUGCUCGGGCCGGGGUGCGGGCAGAGAAACUACCCAAAGAGAUGGACUUUAUUGAGAAGGGCAUUGUGCAACUCGUAACUGAGCAUCGUAUCAAGUGGCUUGUCAUGGGAGCGGCAGCUAAUAAAUAUUAUUCAAGAAGAAUGGUGGAUCCCAGGUCCAAGAAAGCAAUCUAUGUGCGUGAUGAAGCACCAGACUUCUGUCACAUUUGGUUUAUCUGUAAAGGGCACCUUGUACAUACGAGGGCAUGUAAAGUGGACGAAGUUAACAUGGCGGCAGAAUCUGCAUCACUUCAAGCAAGUCCAGCUGUUGAAACUACACAGUCUUCCUGGAGAUCACACUCAGUUAUCGAAGGGCAAAAUGGAUGUUCAAACUUACAGAUUUCAGCUCCAAACUAUUGUAGAGCCCAGUCCGACAGUCAUGGUAUGAAACUUCAAGCACCAUCUAAUGGCUCUGGCAUGGCAACUCCACUGAGCGAAUUGAAUCGAGAAGGGAGUGGUGAUUGGGAUAGUCUAUCAAGGAGAAGUCCUUCGGCAGGUUCAUAUUUUUCAACGUGUUCUAGUGAUAUAAAUGAGGGAAUAGCAAUCUCCAUUGCAAGGACUGAGGAGAGUGAAACUGGGUUGGAUUUUUCUAUGAUUGAGAAUAAAGAGUUGGGGCAUCAUCAUCGUUCCUCUGUUGCUUCCAAUGCUUUUCAGGAAGGAUUUGUAGAUGAUGAACUUUAUCACAGGCUUCAGCAAUAUGUGGUGGAAGCAGAAACUUUUCAGCGGGAAGCAUAUGAGGAAUCCGUCAGGCGUAAGAAAGCUGAAAAAGAAGUCAUCGAUGCUAUUCGCAGAGCUAAAGCAUCUGAAACCAUGUAUGCCGAUGAGUUAAGACAAAGGAAAGAAAUGGAAGAAACAUUAGCAAGAGGCAAGGAAGAAGUUGAGAAGAUGAAAUGCCGUCUAAAUGAAAUCAUGAAUGAGCUCCGAAUGGCCCAGAAACAGAAAUCAGAUAUUGAGCAUCAAAUUGCAAAUUCUGAUAAAAUAGUAGAGGAUUUGGAGCAGAAAAUGUUUUCUGCCGUUGAACUGUUGCAAAAAUACAAGAAGGAAAGAGAUGAGUUGCAGGUUGAGCGUGAUAAUGCUCUCAGGGUAGCUGAGGAGCUGAGAAGAAAGCAAGCUGAGGAGGCAACAAGUCCAUGUGUUCCUCAGUUCUUUUCUGAAUUCUCUUUCUCUGAAAUUGAAGAGGCAACAAAUAAUUUUGACCAAGCAUUAAAGAUUGGUGAAGGGGGUUAUGGAAGUAUAUAUAGAGGGGUUCUUCGGCAUACGCAAGUGGCUAUAAAAAUGCUACACCCAAAUAGCUCGCAAGGCCCUUUGGAAUUUCAACAGGAGGUAAAUGUUUUGAGUAAGUUGAGGCACCCAAACCUUGUAACUCUGAUAGGAGCCUGCCCAGAAGCUUGGGCUCUUGUCUAUGAGUAUCUUCCAAAUGGAAGCCUUGAAGAUCGACUCAACUGCAAAAACAAUACAUCUCCACUAUCAUGGCAAACUCGAAUACGAAUUGCGGCUGAACUAUGUUCCGUACUCAUAUGCUUGCAUUCUUGUCGCCCUCAAGGCAUCGUGCACGGUGAUCUAAAACCCGCUAACAUCCUGCUUGACUCAGACCUCGUGAGCAAGCUUAGUGAUUUUGGAAUAUGUCGAUUGCUCUCUGAAGAUGAAAAUUCAUGCAGUGAUACGACGCUACGUUGCAUAACUCAGCCGAAAGGUACUUUAAUAUACAUGGAUCCUGAGUUCCUUUUGACUGGAGAACUUACUUCGAAGUCGGAUGUGUAUUCCUUUGGAAUUAUAUUGUUGAGGUUAUUAACGGGAAGGCCUGCAUUGGGGAUUACAAAGGAAGUCCAAUAUGCCUUGGAUAAAGGAAAUUUGAAAAAUCUGUUGGAUGCAACAGCUGGGGAUUGGCCGUUUGUGCAAGCAAAACAGUUGGCUCACCUAGCAAUGAGAUGCUGUGAGGCAGACCGCGGACGACGGCCUGAUCUUGCCUCAGAAAUCUGGAGGGUUCUUGAGCCCAUGAGACUUUCGUGUGGAGCCUCAUCUUUCCGGUUGCGUUCCGAAGAGCAUUGCCAGAUUCCAACCUAUUUUGUCUGUCCAAUCUUUCAGGAAAUUAUGCAAGAUCCUGUUGUUGCUGCUGAUGGGUUUACCUACGAGGAAGAAGCCCUCAAAGGCCUUGAAACACUGUCCAGCUUCUUCAAGUUGUCUAUAGGUUAUAGCUCGUAG